AUGGGAGAAGAAAAUGGCGCUAACGGCGGUGCUGUUCACUUCAACAUGAGACGCCGUCGCUGUUCUCAACUUGAGGGUAAUGUAUGGAGUGGUGGUGUAACACUGCUGGAUGCACAGACGAGCGAGCAAUUAUGCGAAUUGCAGCUGGAAACAGGCGUCGCGGCGCUGGCCUGGUGCAGUUCGGACGGCAAUGUGCUGGCACUUGGGUGUGAUGAUGGAGACGUGCGCUUAGCGAAGUUGUCGGCGGAUGAAGCAUUAAUUUUCAAGCCUCUCAGCGGUAGCAACGAUGAUAAGGAUACCGUAACGGAUUGGGGACAUGAUGAUGUAAUCACGGAUGUCAGCAGCUCCAUAACUGAAAAGACACAUCUUGCCACAUGUAGUUGGGACCUAACCGUUAAGCUUUGGGAUGUCACAGUCAUGGAUCAAACGAUCGCCACAUUUCAUGGUCACACGGAUUUGAUUUGGGGCGUAGCAAUGAAUCCAACGCACAAGCACGUGCUAUGCUCAGCAUCACAGGACUCAACAGUUCAAGUGUGGGAUGCUCGUCAAUCUCAAGGUGCAGCGCUUUCUAUAUUAACAUUAUCACCUGCGUUGUCAGUGGAUUGGCAUCCCAGACAGCCGGUAAUCUUUUCUGUCGGACUAGACGACGGUCGGGUGUGUACGUAUGACGUACGUUCACCGCACAUGCCAUUGGCUCAACAUGAUACGCACACCGCUGCAGUGCACGUAGUCCGAUACUCACCAUAUCACGAUGACGUGCUGGCGACGGGCGGUGACGACGGCAAGGCGUUUGUGACUGAGAGCUGUUCCAAAAAUGAUUGCAAUGCUCGAGAAGUGUUAGGUGGUGACAAUCUUUCUGCGCAUCGUGACUACGUGCGCGCAUUUGACUGGUGUCAACUUAUGUCUUCAUCAUUAACCUCUCAAACCGAUACGAUACUAUUUACAGGAUCUUGGGAUAAAACAGUACACAAGUGGAAUAUUGAUGAUUACUUUUGUGAUGAACAAGUACUCGAUACAACGUCGGGUAAACAAAGUUUAAAUAAUUAA